AUGGCGCCUUCGGUUGUCUACCUGCCCGAUGGCCAGUACUUUACGGUCCAACCCGUCUUCUCUGGGCUGUUCUUCAAGCUCAACGAUGCUCAGCAGAGCUCCCACCCAGCUCCCUAUCCCGCAGGGUGGACUGUAGUCCUGCACAGCGAAGACAAUGUCGAGAACCAUGUCGACGGCCUGACAAUUCAGGAUGACGACGAUGAGGCGCGAUCAAGACGGAGUCACAGCCACAGGUACAGCAAGCCGACGUUGCAGAAUGACACCCUUUUCAUUUCCUCCAUCUCCAACCCGUCAAGCACCGACCCGCCUGCCAGCGCGUCACGCCAGAUUGCUCUCAUGCUGUGGAUCACUCUCUAUUGGUACUUCCACCAAACCGAGCCAUCGCCUUACACGGAGACCAAGUCGUCCCGUGCGACACCUCUCGAGGCAAAACCUCGAGGCGAUUGGCGAAUCCGCAUCAAGAGAGACGGCGUCCUCCGAACGCGCAACAUGAUACCCAAGCUCGAGAGAAUGGGCCUGAUCACCUCAAUGGACACUUCCGUCGGCACCGGACCUGAAGCUGGAACACAAGGCUGGGACACGAUGUAUGUGACCCGGAGCGUAUUCUGGCAGAUACCCAGCGGGCUCUUCCUCUUCAAUUUGCAGACUCAUCGGCAAAAUUCGAUUCCUGGGUCGCCGCUGCCGACAAGUCGCCCAACGUCGCCUGUGCGAAACGAGGUGGCCCAACAGAACAUCAACUCCGCGAGCCAUGCCCAUACUCACCACCUCAGCGUCGACUCGAUUCAACUGCCACAACCAAUCACAAGCACUCCCACAUUCCCAAUAGGGCCAUACUUCUCGCCUUCGAGACUACCGACAUACUAUCCACCACCACCCCUGCGGUACACUGUCACGGGCGGAGUACGGCACCCCAUUCGUCCGAAGCCUCCACAGAUGGGCGAAGUCUUCUACGCGCGAUACAUUCCCAGUACCGGAAAGUACCUAUCGAUCCGGGUUGCCUCAUCGUCGCCUCGGCCAGUCAAUUACUUUGGCCCAGUUGCGGAUGCUGAAAGAGAGCAUGCCCAUCUGAUGAACUUGUCAGACACAUCGCUGAUGCAAAUGUGGCUGUCCAACCCUCGAGUCUCCAAGUUUUGGGGAGAGUUUCACGCCGAGUUCCUCACCAAUGCGCUCAAGUCGCAGCACUCUUUCCCUGCUAUUGCCAUGUGGGAUGGAGUACCGUUUGCCUAUUUCGAGAUUUACUGGGUCAAAGAGGAUAUUCUCGGCCAAGCACUGGGCCAUGAAGUGGGCGAUUUCGACCGUGGGUUCCAUGUGCUUGUCGGAGAGGAGUGGGCUCGAGGAAAAGUGUCGUUAUGGAUGUCUAGUCUCGUGCACUGGGCGUGGCAAAAUGAUUACAGAACCUCGAAUGUGUGGCUGGAGCCCCGGGUGGACAACCACAAGUUCCUGCAACGGCUGCUAGAGAACGGCUUCGCCAAGAUCCGAACCGUGGCCUUCCCUCACAAGCAAGCAUCCGCAUGCAGACUGAGCAGAGAAGCAUGGGACGGCCCAGCAAUCUGA